AUGUCAGGAUCAGGUUACUGUCAGGAUCAGGUCAGGUUACUGUCAGGGUCGGGUCAGGUUACUGUCAGGGUCGGGUCAGGUUACUGUCAGGGUCGGGUCAGGUUACUGUCAGGAUCAGGGUCAGGUUACUGUCAGGAUCAGGUCAGGUUACUGUCAGGAUCAGGGUCAGGUUACUGUCAGGAUCAGGUCAGGUUACUGUCAGGAUCAGGUCAGGUUACUGUCAGGAUCAGGUCAGGUUACUGUCAGGAUCAGGUCAGGUUACUGUCAGGGUCAGGUUACUGUCAGGAUCAGGUCAGGUUACUGUCAGGAUCAGGUCAGGUUACUGUCAGGAUCAGGUCAGGUUACUGUCAGGAUCAGGUCAGGUUACUGUCAGGGUCAGGUUACUGUCAGGGUCAGGUCAGGUUACUGUCAGGAUCAGGUCAGGUUACUGUCAGGGUCAGGUCAGGUUACUGUCAGGAUCAGGUCAGGUUACUGUCAGGAUCAGGUCAGGUUACUGUCAGGAUCAGGUCAGGUUACUGUCAGGAUCAGGUCAGGUUACUGUCAGGAUCAGGUCAGGUUACUGUCAGGAUCAGGUCAGGUUACUGUCAGGAUCAGGUUAGGUUACUGUCAGGAUCAGGUCAGGUUACUGUCAGGGUCAGGUUACUGUCAGGAUCAGGUCAGGUUACUGUCAGGAUCAGGUCAGGUUACUGUCAGGGUCAGGUUACUGUCAGGAUCAGGUCAGGUUACUGUCAGGAUCAGGUCAGGUUACUGUCAGGAUCAGGUCAGGUUACUGUCAGGAUCAGGUCAGGUUACUGUCAGGAUCAGGUCAGGUUACUGUCAGGAUCAGGUCAGGUUACUGUCAGGAUCAGGUCAGGUUACUGUCAGGAUCAGGUCAGGUUACUGUCAGGAUCAGGGUCAGGUUACUGUCAGGAUCAGGUCAGGUUACUGUCAGGUUACUGUCAGGAUCAGGAUCAGGUUACUGUCAGGAUCAGGUUACUGUCAGGAUCAGGUCAGGUUACUGUCAGGAUCAGGUCAGGUUACUGUCAGGAUCAGGUCAGGUUACUGUCAGGAUCAGGGUCAGGUUACUGUCAGGAUCAGGUCAGGUUACUGUCAGGAUCAGGUCAGGUUACUGUCAGGAUCAGGGUCAGGUUACUGUCAGGAUCAGGUCAGGUUACUGUCAGGGUCAGGGUCAGGUUACUGUCAGGAUCAGGUCAGGUUACUGUCAGGAUCAGGUCAGGUUACUGUCAGGAUCAGGGUCAGGUUACUGUCAGGAUCAGGGUCAGGUUACUGUCAGGAUCAGGUCAGGUUACUGUCAGGAUCAGGUCAGGUUACUGUCAGGAUCAGGUCAGGUUACUGUCAGGGUCAGGUUACUGUCAGGGUCAGGUUACUGUCAGGAUCAGGUCAGGUUACUGUCAGGAUCAGGUCAGGUUACUGUCAGGAUCAGGUCAGGUUACUGUCAGGAUUAGGUCAGGUUACUGUCAGGAUCAGGUCAGGUUACUGUCAGGAUCAUAUCAGGUUACUGUCAGGAUCAGGUCAGGUUACUGUCAGGAUCAGGUCAGGUUACUGUCAGGAUCAGGUCAGGUUACUGUCAGGAUCAGGUCAGGUUACUGUCAGGAUCAGGUCAGGUUACUGUCAGGGUCAGGUUACUGUCAGGGUCAGGUUACUGUCAGGAUCAGGUCAGGUUACUGUCAGGAUCAGGUCAGGUUACUGUCAGGAUCAGGUCAGGUUACUGUCAGGAUCAGGUCAGGUUACUGUCAGGAUCAGGUCAGGUUACUGUCAGGGUCAGGUCAGGUUACUGUCAGGGUCAGGUCAGGUUACUGUCAGGGUCAGGUCAGGUUACUGUCAGGGUCAGGUCAGGUUACUGUCAGGAUCAGGUCAGGUUACUGUCAGGAUCAGGUCAGGUUACUGUCAGGAUCAUAUCAGGUUACUGUCAGGAUCAGGUCAGGUUACUGUCAGGUCAGGUUACUGUCAGGAUCAGGUCAGGUUACUGUCAGGAUCAUAUCAGGUUACUGUCAGGGUCAGGUCAGGUUACUGUCAGGGUCAGGUCAGGUUACUGUCAGGAUCAGGUCAGGUUACUGUCAGGAUCAGGUCAGGUUACUGUCAGGAUCAGGUCAGGUUACUGUCAGGGUCAGGUCAGGUUACUGUCAGGGUCAGGUUACUGUCAGGAUCAGGUCAGGUUACUGUCAGGAUCAUAUCAGGUUACUGUCAGGAUCAUAUCAGUGCAUAUGAAGGAAAGGAGGGAAGAAGUGGUACCAUUUUAUGUUUUAGAUAAACUGUAUCUCUUCUAGCCAGAACCAUUGAAUGUCAGAAUGGACCUUUCGUAGCAGGUUAGGACAACUUACACAACAGGUUAAGAGAAUUAGCGUAGCUGGUUAGGAUUAUUAGGUUAAGUUUAAGAAGAGGGUUAGGGUUAGCUAAAAUGCAAAGAAAUGACAUCAAUUUGACAAACUGUAUUCCAUCUAUCCAUGACCACAUACAACCUGUGAUUUGUAAGAGACUGAUGAUGACUAAUCGCCACUA